UAAUAAGACAAGGCACCGAGUGAGCGAGAGACAUAGGUAGAGAGAGAGAGAGACAAUGGCGACCCUUAGAGUACCAGAAGCGAUUACGUCACCAGCUGAGGACGCCGAACAACUCCGAAAGGCUUUCCAAGGAUGGGGAACCAAUGAGGCCUUGAUCAUAUCUAUAUUGGCUCACAGGAAUGCAGCUCAAAGGAAGUUAAUCAGGCAGUCCUAUGCUGAAACUUAUGGGGAAGAUCUUCUUAAAUCACUAGACAAAGAACUUUCAAGUGACUUUGAGCGGCUUGUACUGCUAUGGACUCUGGAUCCAGCUGAGCGUGAUGCAUUUUUGGCUAAUGAAGCAACAAAGAUGUUGACAUCCAACAAUUUGGUUCUUGUGGAAGUAGCGUGUACUAGGUCUUCUCUUGACCUCUUUAUGGUAAGGCAGGCAUAUCAUGCUCGUUUUAAAAAAUCUCUUGAAGAGGAUGUUGCAUACCAUACAUCUGGAGAUUUUCGCAAGCUUUUGGUUCCCCUUGUGAGCUCAUUCCGAUAUGAUGGAGAUGAAGUGAAUAUGAAAUUAGCAAAAUCAGAGGCCAAGAUACUUCAUGAGAAGAUAUCCGAGAAAUCUUAUAAUCAUGAUGAGCUCAUUAGAAUUCUGACUACAAGAAGUAAAGCACAGCUGAAUGCGACACUCAAUCACUAUAACAAUGAGUUUGGAAAUGCCAUUGACAAGGAUUUGGAGGCUGAUCCUGAUGAUGAGUACAAGAAAUUACUGAGAGCAACAAUUGAGUGCUUGACCUACCCUGCAAAAUAUUUCGAGGAGGUUCUGCGGCUGGCAAUAAACAGGUUGGGGACAGAUGAAGGGGCUCUUACAAGAGUGGUGGCCACUCGAGCAGAGGUUGACAUGGAACGGAUCAAAGAAGAAUACUAUCGGAGGAACAGCAUUCCUCUGGAUCGUGCAAUUAACAAAGAAACUUCUGGAGACUAUGAGAAAAUGCUUGUGACAUUGAUAGGACAUGGGGAUGCAUGAGGAAUGCUGCUGGCCAAGUGUCGUUGCUUUUGCUGUGUCUUGUUAAGUUGCAUAAUAGUGAAUGAAUGUAGUUUGAGUUGCGUGCAAUAAGUUGUCUUUAAUUUGGAUGCGUCUUGUUAUGGUUUCAAGUGGGCAUUGUUCUCAUACGACUCUAUUUGAGUUCCAAAUUGAACGAGGAGGGUUUUGUUCUUG